GCCGGCCCCUCAGAUCUAGUGGGGAGCAACCCGAUUUAAGUUGUCAUGAAAAAGGAAGAGAGGAGGAGGUGAAGAUCUCAGCUGGGGAUGUGCAGGGCUGGCUAGCUCCAGGUACAGGGGAUUGCCUGCAGAUUGCUUCUCUGAGUCCCUCCUCCCAGAAUCAGGGGAGUCUAAGCUGAAGAAGAGUCUUCCUCCUUCAAUAGUAACAUGCCAGCAGUCCUCCCAGCCAAUGAUUCUUUUGCAGCAGGCAGGACUUCCUCCUCAUCCUGAGAAGCCUUCAUCUCCUCCUAUGUCAGUGGCCACAAGGCCAAGAGCCAACUCACCACUGUCCCCACAGAAACCGUUUGGACUGGGGCCUUCCUUGCAGCACUCACAAGAAGAGGAGCUUGCAAAGGAUCCUGUGCUGGAGGAACUAUGUAAGCCCCUGUGUUGUAAACUUUGCAAUGUCACUCUGAAUUCAGCACAGCAAGCCCAGGCGCAUUACCAGGGUAAAAACCAUAGUAAGAAGCUUCGGAAUUACUAUGCUGCAAAUAGUUGCCCAGCUCCCGCCAGAAUGAGCAAUUCAGUGGAGCCUGCCGUGCCUCAGAUUUUCUCCCAUCCGGCUCAGAUGGGCGCCUCUAAACCCGGAGGUCGAGUGAUCAUGGCCACAGAGAAUGAUUACUGCAAGCUUUGUGAUGCCUCAUUUAGUUCCCCAGCUGUGGCCCAGGCUCACUACCAAGGAAAGAAUCACGCCAAGAGGCUACGCCUGGCAGAAGCACAGAACAACUCAUUCUCGGAUACAUCAGAACUGGGCAAACGGAGGGCACGGAAAGAAGGGAACGACUAUAAGAUGAUGCAGAAUAGAAGAAAUGUGUAUGCGGUUCAGAACAGUACAGGUCCCUACUUCAAUCCACGCUCCCGCCAGCGAAUUCCUCGUGAUCUCGCCAUGUGUGUCACCCCAAGUGGCCAGUACUACUGUUCCAUGUGCAAUGCCGGGGCUAGCGAAGAGAUGGAGUUCCGACAACAUUUAGAAAGCAAACAGCACAAAAGCAAGGUGUCUGAACAGCGGUAUAGGAAUGAGAUGGAGAAUCUUGGCUAUGUACAAUGACACGCUAUCCCUUGGUAGUAGUUUGCAGAUAGAGCAGCUUGUCUCGCCUGCUGUUUGCCACACGCCCUGCUUUGUGCUCCAUUUGAUAGGAGUAUGCUCUCUAGCUAUACAUGUAACACCUGCAAACUUAAUGGUAUGGUUAGGGUUUUUUUAUAUCGCUGUUGGCAGGAAUAUGCUCUGCAGGAUGUGAAGUGGUUUUAAUGUUUGUUUGCUUGUUAUCUAAAGCUCUUCAUUGCAUUUUGGGGGAGCCCUGUCCUCCCCCAUGCCCUAUUGCAUGAAUGUGCAAGGCCCAAGAAGCACUGGGACCACCACGGUUCUGCCACGCAGGCAGGGUAUGUGGAGACACAACACCCCUUUUGGUGUGUCUUGGAGCUGUGCUCCACAGCAUCACUCCGCAGCAGGGGGACUUUAUGGGCAGGCUAGAGAAGAGGAGGGAACAGAGCCAGCGGACGUGUGAAUGGCAUUGCUGGCCACACAUCCCUGCUAGCAGAAGUGUAAGAGGCUAUAGCCUCAAAUACAACUUACAGCAGGUGCCUCCUGCAUUCCUGUCGGUAUGGCACAGAGGCUGUGCACAUACCCUAAGGAGGAUCCUAUCUCCCUCACCCUCAUGUAGGCCACCCCCCAGUGUUUGGACUUCAAGUGGCUGGUGAGGAUUUCAACCUAACAUCUGCAAUAGGAGAGUAGCUGAUCUGCCACAUCAGCAGAUAGUCUCUUCUGUCAAGGAGGAUAGAUUCUGGUCUGCUCUUGGCAACGGAUUUUUACCACACUGGAGCCACUAGGCAUCUUUAUGCAGCGUGGGUGAAAUUCACCUAUGGGAGCGGGGCCUGUGCAGGGCCCAGAGAGCAACAGAAGCGAAUAUAAUCUGAUGGAGGCUCUGUACUGAGCCUUGGCCCUCUACAGGACAGCAUGGAUGGUGCAAUGAGGAUGGGCUGGGGAGGAAUCGUGGGUCCAAACACCCUAUCAAAUUGGUGCUGAGGGGGGUCAAAUGCUGUUCUCCAGCCUGUAGUAACUGUAGAGGGGGUGGGUCUGUGAUGUAGUAAAAUUCCCUGGAAAUUGGGGAUUAUUGGAUUUCAACUGCCUCAACCUCCACUCCAUUCAGCUGCACUAAGCCUGACAGGCAUUAUAUGUGCAAAGUGAAAUUCACCCUUGGAGGAGAGCUGCCCGUGUUGGGCAUAUUUCCUUUCUUCCCUUUACUCUAAGUCUCAGACUGGGCUUUCCUUUAUCUUGCUUCUCUCUGAACAUCAGCGUUUUACAGUCUUUUGUUUUAGGGAAGGGAUAAUGAGCGUGAGUGUAAUCUCCAGGUUGGGGUGUCAUGUUCUCCCAUGUAUUAUCUCCAGGCUAGGCUGCUGUGCUGUCCCUCAUGCAAUCUCCGGGCUGGGCUGCUGUGUUCUCCCCUGUGUGAUAUUCGGGCUGAGCUGCCAGGCUGGUCCCCUGGUGAUCUCUGAGCGGGGCUGCUGUGCUCUCCUCUGAUCAUUCACGCAGUUGUGGUGAAUUUAAUGAUCCUGAUCUUUUUUUUUUAAGUAGGAUCAGAGCCAGGCAGGUGCUGUGGAUAUCUCCUUUCCAGGCCUGCUUUAGUGUUUCGGUUUUAUGCUGAUGUAGCUCCUUUGUUUCUCAGGUGGGAGGGUACUAGAAGUGAAAAGGUGCUUUGUAGCUUGUCCCCUCCUCCUGGAGACAGCGAGUCAACGUCUGCCUCGGUGUAAUCCCAUUGACUUCAGUGGGGCCACACCGGGGAUGAAUUUGGCCCAGUGCGUAUCAUGGGG